AUGAAUAGAAUAGUAAAUGUAUUUAAUAAAAGUCAUAAAAAUACAUUUAAUGUUUUGCCAAAUACAUUAAAACCAGGUAUUCAGGUUAGAGAUUAUGCGUCUUUCAACCAAGCCAAAUUUUUAAAUAAUGCUUUUAAUAAAAACAAUAAUAAUAAUAAUAUAGAAAGCAAUAAUAAUUAUAAUAACAAUAAUCAAAAUAAUACAAUAAAUAAUAAUAAUAGUAGUAAUAAUAGUAAUAAUAGUAAUACUAAUAAUAAUAAUAAUAAUAAUAAUAAUAAUAAUUCUGCAACUAUAAAUAACGAUGAAAAAAAAAUUAAAAAACCAGUUGGUCCAAAUAGUAAUUCAUUGCAGAAAGCCAUGUUAUUAGUUAAUAUAAAAGAUCUAUUUAAAAAAAGACCUUUGGUUGCAACAGACUUGAUUUCAAGAAAUUUAAAACAAGGAAAUUUAAAUAAUCAUGAUAUGGAAAUAUUAUUUCAGUGGUCACAUGAUAAUAAAUAUUUAAAUCAUGUUGAUAUUAUUCAUCUCUUUUUAUCACAUUUUACAGGAGUUAAUGAUAUAAGUAGAAUAAAGAAAUUAAUAGUUUUAUUUUCAUUUGGUAUUGAAAUGGAUGUAAAGACCUGUGAGACUUUAAUCAAGUAUUUUACAAUUUCAAAGAUGCAUGAAAAUUUAAAAUCAAUUUUAGAAUCUUGUAUUAGUAAAGAGAAUGGGUUAGAGUUUACAAAAAAGACCUAUCAAGAGUUUAUAACCUCAUUUUUAGAGUUGGAUGAUAUUGAAGGAGCGCUAAAAUACUAUCCAAAGGUAAAACCAGAAACAUCAAGUUGGUUAGAGAUUGUUAAAUACUAUAUAAAGAAAGGAAAAAAUCAAGAUGCCAUCAAUUUCUUUAAAAUGGAUGCAAAGGACCACAAAGAGUCAUUCUUUUUAUCUGGUACAUUUUCAUCUCUAAUGAAGAAUUUCUCUGAAACCGAUUCAGACGAUAUUCUCUCUUUUCUCCUUGAAACAGAAUUAAUGGAUGAAAAUUCAAUCAAUUUGUUUUUAUCAAUGCACUUGGAGAACAGCUUAAAGACUUCAUCCUAUUUAAUUCGUAAAUGGUCAAGAACCAUUCCAAUGGAGCAUUUAUACACAAAAUUGGUAAAACAAACAAUUAUUGUUGAUGAUCUAGAGGAAAUUUUAACUCUUAUUCAAGACAAAAAUAUCAAAAAUCUUUUCACCAUAAAUAUCCCAACCUAUGCAAUCAUUUUAGAGAUGGCAGAUGCUAAUCAAAGACAAGAAAAAAGAAAGAUUUUAAAUUCAAAAAAUUAUGACCCAAAUACCCCAAUUGAAAUUUCCUGGGAUUCAAACUUUGAACAAAUUAUUAACCACAUAACAUCUCUAGAUCCAAAAGGAAACGAAUUAUCAUCUUUAAUAUUUUACGCUCAAAUAAAAGAAAAAACUGAACUAUUCCAAAUGUUAACAGAAAGUUUAAACAAUCAAAAACCUGAAUACAUCGACAAAGUAACCUGCCAACUCGUCAAGCAUUUCACAAAAGCAAAUCACUAUGAUUUAGCAAUGGCAUGGAUUGGUAAUCGUUUGGUCAAUUACAACUUUCAAAAUAAUGCAUAUAUCUACCACUCUCUCCACGAGGUUGAAGCAAGUAACUUUUUAGGUCAAUUUUGGUUUGGUCAAUUAUCAUUACAACCAAUAAUUUCCGAUCUAUCACAUACAGAAUCAUCAUUCAAAAUAGAUCAAAUGAUGAUCUUACUCGAAUCAUCCCUACAAGAACACGAAGAAAGAAACAGAAACAACUCUAAAAACAAACCAAUUGAUUCAAAAGAUAUCUAUAUUAAACGUUUAUUUUCAAAAUCAAACAUUGACGAAAACUUGGUAUUGGAGAAUUUAGAAAUGAACAAAGAAGUUAACUUACAAUUAGAACAAUUGUUAAAGAAAAAGAUUGAAAAUGUAGCCAGAAAUGGAGGAACCAUUAAAUACGAGGGUUACAGAUCCACCAAAAACUAUUCAACAAACAAUUGGUUACCAAAAGAAUUUUCAAAUAGCUCUAGAUAUGUACUUUCAGAAUAUGACGCUCAAUUAAAAAUGGCAAUUGACAAUAAUAAUGCUGAUGAAAUCUAUGAAGUUAUCAAAAAGAGUUUAGCAGAUAAUGUUAUUCCAGAGAGCAGAUUGUUGUUGACCGCAUAUUACUUUGUAUGCGAAUACGAUAGAAAUAAAUACAUUCAAUUACUUCAAGAAACACCACCAUUUGUCAGAAUGCUCAUAUUCAAUACCAAGUUUUAUUAUGAUUUAUUAAAGACCUAUCCAGACGUAGCAAUCUUUUUAUUACAAGGAGAGUUACCACAAAAUCUCUCACCAGUAUUAUUGUAUCAAAUUCUAUUUUUAACAUUGAAAUCGGGCAGAAUUGAUUUAUUCACUACUUUUGGUACUCUAUUAAUGGCCACCAACACUCCAAUCAAUUUAGAAUCAAUUAUUCAGAUCUCCAAGACAUUGAUAGAUAACAAUAUUUCAAUUGGCAACUCAAAAUUCGUCGUAAAGUUUAUUGAAUAUAUUAAAAGUUCAACUAAAAUACAAUCCAUUAUCAAAGAAGGAAAUGACUUGAAACUAGGUGUCCUAUUGAACUCGAACGAAUUAAAUUUUAGAGACUUUAAAAAUAUAGAUGAUUACAACCACAGAAUGUCGUUUGCAUACACAAUUCUAUUGAAUGAAUUGUCACACGCCAAUUUAAGCGAAGAGAUUAUGGAGUGCUUCUCAUCAUUAGACACAUUUGUAAAUAACUUAUCAAUCGAAGUUGUAUUAAAACACAUUUCAAAACUAUAUCCAAUCCCACCAUUAUCAAACAUUACACAAUGGCUUUCAUUAAUCCAAUAUUGUAAAAGCCCUCAACAAAAAAAUAAACAAUAUGGCAUUAGCGUCAAACUUUUAGAAAAAGAUCCAUCCAUUACAGAAUCACUCAACUAUAAUCUAUUCAACUCUAUUGUUUCACAUGUUCCAAAUCUUACACCAAAACUAUUAAUUAGUCUUUUCCUAAGAGUUCAUCCCCUUCUUCCACAGAAAAUCCAAGAAAUUGAAAUUACCGAUGAAACUGGUAAAACCAAAGGUCUAUACAGUACACAAAAAAUUAAAAGUAUUUCACCAGAAACAAAAUCAAAUGCAUUAUAUCAAAUUGAUCAAGCUUUAAAUAUGAAUCCAACAGAGAUCGAAGAAAAACAACUUAAAGAAUGGAUCAACAUAUUGGAAUUAAUCCCAUUAUCAUCUGAACACAGCCUCGAAAUUUCAAAUGAUAGUUUAAAUAUUAUUACUCAAAAUUUAGCACCAAAAAUUUUAUCAUAUUUCCAAUCCAAAAACAGUAAUUUAGAUUUAUCCCAAAUGUCUCAAUUAUCUGAAAAUACCUCACCAAGCCAAAGAUCCACCGAAUUAAAAAAUUAUUUAUCAAAUUUAAUAUACUAA